AUGAAGCAGAUGCCUGGAUGUGACAGGCCAGAGGUGCGUUUCUUGUAUUUUGAGGGCCACAUGCACUGCAACCGCGUGGUGGAGCAGACCACUGGGCCCACGGACGCCGUCGGCUUCAUGGUCGGAGGCACUGGCAUGGGCCAGGACAACUGCGACGAGACGGGGGGUCAGGCUGCCGUGAGCCGCGGGCCGCCCCCGCACUGGACGCCUCCUGGACAGAGCAGAAGCCCACGGUACGCGGCCGACCGGGUCCCGGUCGAAGCUGGCGCGUCCAUGCGCCAGUUCUGGGAGGACUUUGCGCCCGCCGCGGGCGCUUGCUUCGGGGGGGUCGUGGGCGGGCGCUUUCUGCGCUGCGGCCGCCGCGGGCGCCGCGGGCGCUCCCCGCACUGCGGCGGCCUCCGCUGCCGCGGCGGCCCCGCCGGCCCGCGCGGCGCACCCCGCUGGCCGCCGCGGGUGGCCGCGUGCGCCGCCGGCGCCCCCCGCGCCGCGGCCGCCGCCUGUGCCGCGGGCGCCAGUGGCGCUGCGGGGGCUGCGGGCGCCGUUGGUGCCGCGUGCGCGGCCUGCGCCGCGGGCGCCGCCGCCGCCGCGGCCGCUGGCGCGCUCGAUGCCGCCGCGGCCGCCGCGGCAACCGCGGCCGCCCGCGGAGGAGACCAAUCGAGCUGGCGAGACGGAGGGCACAGGUGCCCCGGCGGCAGCCACUACGCGGGAGGCGCCCCCACGGUGGACAAACGAACUCUGUGCACGGACCACCCGAACCACAGCUGCGCCGUCCUGGACCCGGCGGCCAGCUGGGCCCCCACCCUCCGGGGCCCCGCCGGGCUCAGGAAGGGCCUGUUUGGCGACGCCUCUGCCAGGGUGCGCGGGGGCACGAGGGUUGCGGGCGCGGGGGGCGGCUUCUGCGUUCGGCGGCUUCUGCCCGCCUCGCGGCCUUGGAUGUUGGCGUGGUCUGCCGCAGCCCCAGCUGCCGCGGCGCUGGCGGCGGGGUCCGACGGGCCCGCGGGCGCCCCGCCGAGGGGGCUGGCGAGGUCGGCCCUGGCGGCGCCGAGGGCGCGCCGGCCGACGUGGCCGCCCGUGCUGGCGUGGCACUGUCUGCCAUCGACGCCGCGAUGCUCGCUGGCGCGCCCGACCCUAGCGGCGCCAGAGGCGACGUGGCGCCGGCUGGCCCGGAGACCCGGCGCGGCCGCGGGCGGCGCCGAGGUCGCGGUCGCGUUCGAGGCGCUGGCCGGCGCGGGCGGCACAGGCAAUACGGGCGGCGCGGGCCUGGUGGCAGGCGCUGGCUCGGCCAGCCUCGGCGCCGCGGCGGUGGGCGGCGCGGCCAGGUCCUACACAUGGCUGUUAGGAGGCGGCGAGAGGUCGGCCACACGCGGAGGCCUGCUGGCGCGCCAGCCCCUGAUGCUUGGCACGAUUCGCUUCACGAUGAGGUCGAAGUGCGCCAGGACCGAGCCCAGCGUGAAGGCUCGCAUCGCAAGCACGGUGGGCAGGACCUGGACGCUCUGCGCAGGCCCCAGCGAUGCCUCUGAGCCCGAGGACCUGGACGCUCUGCGCAGGCCGGCCCUCCUCGCGCGCCCGCUGGCGUGCCGGCUGCGCAUGCCCUCUGGCACGCGCGCCGCCGCCCGCUGCAGCGCUGCGGCGGGCCUGGCCUCGACAGCAGAGAACGGAGCAGAGCAGAGCAUGGAGCUGCUGGUCCUCGAGGCGGCGCUCUCGCCCGCGGCCGAGGUCUUGGCGGGCACGGCGGCGGCAUUGCAGGGCGCGCUGGAGGCGGCGAGCAGCGGCGCGGCGCCGGAGCGGCUGCGGGAGGCCUCCCACUUGCUCCGGGCCCUGGAGCCCGAGCACGAGCGGCUACGAAGGGCACUCGCUGGCGCGGCCGCGGGGCCUGCCACCGGCACCGCUGGACGGCGCGCUCCAUCCAGGACCAGAUCCCUCAGACCUGGAGCUCCAAGGGGCGCCAGGGCGCACACGGACUUCUCCGCCUUCUCGCGGGCCCGCUGGGAGGCGGAGAGGCUCAAGGGUGCCGCGAUGCUGGCGGCAGCUGGCGACGCCGCGGGCGACGCCGGGGGCGCGGGUGUCAAGAUCUGGUCGCAGGAGAUGCCCCGACCCGCGCACCCCGAGAAGCCCUGCUCCCAGGUGAGGGGCAGGCACAUCGUGAGCAGCAGCUCCGAGAAGAUCCGCAGGAUCUACGCGGAGCUGCUGGCCACGGGCGUCGCCGACCGCACCGGCUUCAUCAGGGGCGCCAGCGCCGCGCGCUUCGGCAUGCUGGCGCAGGAGAAGUCAGACGACGGCAUCACGGCAAAGAAAGGCGGUGAUUUGGGAUGGCUCUCAAGAGGCAAGAUGGACAGCAAGUUUGACGAGGUCGCUUUCGUCACUCCCAGGGGUGCUUGCAGCCCGCCGUUCAAGCUGAUGAACUGCUUCCAUCUGUUCUUCAGUGAGGACCGGAAGGCUUAG